GCCCAGUUAAAAAGGCCUUUUUAAGUAUGUAUCUGGACGGUAAGUAUGGUGUCAAACAUGCUAUUAGUCACAUACGAUGCUGGUUUUGACUAUAAAUGGUGAUCCCAGUUGAAAUCAUUGAUUCAACAGAAGACACCUUAACACCUAUUUCCGCUCCAAAGUUCGAAGAAAAAUUCUCGAAAAAUGGCUGAAAAAAGCAAGAUUUUGAUCAUUGGAGGAACUGGUUAUAUAGGAAAAUUCAUAGUUGAAGCAAGUGCAAAAUCUGGGCAUCCGACCUUUGCUUUGUUCAGAGAGAGCACAAUUUCUGAUCCUGCUAAGGGAAAACUCAUUGUGGGAUUCAAAAACUCUGGUGUAACCAUAUUAACUGGAGAUUUAUAUGAUCAUGAGAGCUUGGUGAAGGCUAUAAAGAAAGUGGAUAUAGUUAUAUCUGCAGUGGGACAAAAUCAGUUGGCCGAUCAAGUGAAGAUCAUCGAUGCAAUUAAACAAGCUGGAAAUAUUAAGAGAUUUUUCCCUUCGGAGUUCGGAAAUGAUGUGGAUCGUGCUCAUGCAGUUGAGCCAGUGAAGUCGAGUAAUUUUGCGGUUAAAGCCAAAAUCCGAAGAGCUAUAGAGGCAGAAGGAAUUCCUCACACCUUUGUUUCGUCGAAUUCAUUUGCUGGUUAUUCACUUGCAAUACUGUUGCAGCCUACAGCCACUGCCCCACCUAGAGAUAAAGUUACCAUUCCAGGAGAUGGCAAUACCAAAGGUGUCUUCAAUGACGAACGAGACAUUGGCACUUAUACCAUCCAAUCCGUGGAUGAUCCGAGAACACUGAACAAGAUCCUCUAUAUCAAGCCUCCUAAAAAUGUGUAUACGUUCAAUGAGCUAGUAGCUUUAUGGGAGAAGAAGAUUGGAAAAAAUAUCGAGAAAGUCCAUGUUCAAGAGGAAGAACUUCUGAAACAGAUCCAAGAAUCUCCAUCACCAAUUGAUUUUAUGCUGGCCAUCAACCAUUCAAUUUUCAUGAAGGGUGAUCAAACCUAUUUUGAGAUUGAGCCAUCAUUUGGAGUCGAGGCAUCCGAGCUCUAUCCAGACGUCAAAUACACUACCGUGGAGGAGUACCUCGAUCAGUUCGUUUGAGUUGUUGAUCUCCGUCAAAAAAUAUGUGAGGAUGGUGUGUUUCUAGAUGCAAAGUGAAAGAGAAGUGAUGUCGUAAUUGGGCAGCAAAUGCUUGAGUCUGUUUUCAAGAACUUUGUUACAUAAUAAUGUAAUCAUUAUUUCAAUAAAUUGCUGCCAACUAAAGGUCUUUUCGAAA